AUGGCUGACCGUUACAUCCCCGAGCAUCGCCGUACGACAUUCAAGGCUAAGAACACAUUCAAGCCGGACGAACUCCGUAGGCGGCGUGAGGAACAGCAGGUGGAGAUUCGCAAGCAGAAGAGGGAAGAGAAUCUCGCCAAGCGGAGAGGUAUUUCUGGACGAGAUGGUGGUGCUCCAGGAGCUUCCCUAGGUGCUGCUCCAGACAGCGAUGAUGAGGGCACAAGCAAUGAAGGCCAGCUCAAUGAAGAGCUUCCCCAGAUGGUGAAGGGGGUCUUCUCCGACCAAAUCGACGAGCAGAUUCAAGCCACCACCAAAUUCCGGAAGCUGCUCUCAAAGGAACGCAAUCCACCCAUUGAACGAGUCAUCGAGACCGGCGUCGUCAGCAGAUUCGUAGAGUUCCUCCGCUCGCCACACACCCUAGUUCAGUUUGAAGCCGCAUGGGCGCUCACGAACAUCGCCUCUGGUUCCGCUCAGCAGACCCAGGUUGUUAUUGAGGCCGGUGCUGUCCCGAUAUUUGUAGAACUGCUCAGCAGCCAUGAGCCUGACGUUCGGGAGCAAGCGGUGUGGGCGCUUGGAAACAUUGCUGGUGACAGCCCAGCGUGCCGAGACUACGUCCUGCAAGCCGGUGCUCUUAGACCGCUCCUCGCUCUGCUGGGCGACAGCCGGAAACUGAGCAUGCUGAGGAACGCUACCUGGACUCUCAGCAACUUUUGCCGUGGAAAGACCCCACAGCCAGACUGGCAAACAAUCGCGCCGGCACUUCCCGUCCUCGCCAAGCUCGUUUACUCUCUCGACGAUGAAGUUCUCAUCGAUGCGUGCUGGGCCAUCUCGUAUCUCUCCGACGGAUCAAACGACAAGAUUCAGGCUGUCAUUGAGGCCGGCAUUCCUCGUCGUCUUGUCGAGCUUCUGAUGCAUGCAUCGACUUCGGUGCAGACUCCUGCCCUCCGUUCCGUCGGCAACAUCGUCACGGGAGAUGAUGUUCAGACUCAAGUCAUUAUCAACUGUGGGGCCCUACCUGCUCUUCUAUCCUUGCUCAGCUCGACAAAAGACGGCAUCCGCAAGGAAGCUUGCUGGACUAUAUCCAACAUCACGGCCGGCAGCCCCACGCAGAUCCAGGCAGUGAUCGAUGCCAACAUCAUCCCGCCUCUCAUUCACCUUCUUUCCAACGGCGAUUUCAAGACUCGUAAGGAGGCUUGUUGGGCCAUCUCUAACGCCACCUCCGGUGGGCUUCAGCGGCCAGAGCAGAUCCGCUACCUUGUUCAGAGCGGCUGCAUCAAGCCCCUGUGUGACCUCUUGUCCUGCCCUGACAACAAGAUCAUCCAAGUUGCUCUUGACGGCCUUGAGAACAUUCUCAAGGUCGGCGAGAUGGACAAAGAGGCCUCGGAGCAGACUGGCGAGCCCAUUAACCGCUACGCUCUGUUCAUCGAGGAGGUCGGCGGCAUGGAGAAGAUUCAUGAUUGCCAAAACAACGCCAAUGAGGAGAUCUACAUGAAGGCGUACAACAUCAUUGAGAAGUACUUCUCUGACGAGGACGAGGCUGGCGGGGACAUGAACGAGCUUGCGCCUCAGCAGGGCCAGGACGGUCACUUUGGCUUCGGCGCCCAGCAACAGCAGCAAAACUUCAACUUUGCGAACGGCGGCGACUCCAUGGACAUGUAA